AUGGCACGAGUCGUAAGGAAACAGGUCCGUUUGCUGCCAUGCGAUUCAGAGCGGCUUUUUCCUGGACAGCUGCUAAACGGCGAGGUAAUUUCGGCGUAUCUGCGGCUUCUGGAGAGACGGAAUGCGAUGGAUCAUAACCUGCCAAAUGUCCUCGCACUGGACUCCUACUUCUUCACGGUGCUGAAGAGAUCCGGCCACGAGCGAGCGCGGGGUCACCAUCGCGACCAGGACUUGUGGGAUUAUGAGAAAAUCCUCGUCCCCGUACAUGAGGAGUUGGCGGACGUCGGCCACUGGUGGCUUCUCGUAGUAGAGCCACGGAAGGAAACCAUCAGCGCAUACGACUACCUAAAAGGAAGAAACCACAAGCCGGCGAUGGAUCUUCUGCGCGAAUACCUGAAGAAGGAGGAGAUGAGGGCCAAGACCGAGGCCCGGAGUUGGUGCCUCUACGGUGAGCGGAGUUGUCCUUCACAGGACAACCUUGUGGACUGCGGGGUUUUCCUCUGCGCUAUCGCCGGAGCCAUCUGCGGGGGACGGGAGGCUAAGGAAUUGCGAGUAGAUGGCCGAGAGUUCAGGCGGCAGAUGGCGAAAGAACUUCGGGAGGAUUCGGUGACCGAGAACAAGAGCAGCCAGCCGGAAUUGUUUCCGGGGAGGAACCGGACUGGUCUUUCGAAGAUCUGGCCAAAGAGUUAG